UGUAUCAUUUAAGUUAUUCGUAUUCUAUCAUAUACAUAUAAAGUUUAAUCAAACUGGGAAAUUAAGAAACUGAAAAAAAUGGGCAGUCUCGAUGAGAACGACGUCGUUGCAUGCCCGUCAAACACAAUCGGUGAAUUCAAUCCGCUGGGCGUGGAAGAGUUCCGGCGACAAGCUCACCGGACGGUCGACUUCAUUGCUGACUAUUACAAGAACGUAGAAAGCUACCCUGUACAGAGCCAGGUUGAGCCCGGGUAUCUCCGGAACCGUCUCCCGGCGGCCGCUCCCUACCGGCCGGAACCGUUCGACACCAUUAUGAAAGACAUUGAGAAGGAGAUAAUUCCCGGGAUGACCCAUUGGUUGAGCCCGAAUUUCUUUGCGUUUUUCCCGGCGACCGUGAGCUCCGCCGCUUUCGUCGGGGAAAUGCUUUCCACCUGCUUCAACUCCGUGGGGUUCAACUGGAUGGCGUCGCCCGCCGCCACGGAGCUGGAGAUGGUGGUCAUGGACUGGCUGGCGAAGAUGCUCAAGCUCCCGACUUCCUUCAUGUUCUGCGGCACGGGCGGCGGGGUCAUGCAGGGGACCACCAGCGAGGCGGUCCUCUGCACACUCAUCGCCGCCCGCGACCGCGCGCUGCGGGCCGUCGGAGCCGAGCACGUCGGGAAGCUCGUCGUGUACGGCUCCGACCAGACUCACACGGCGUACGCGAAGGCGUGCAAGUGUGCCGGCAUUUUCCCGCGCAACAUCCGGAUCCUUCCAACUUCCCGGGACGACAACUUCUCCUUGUCGCCCCAGGCCCUACGCAGGGCGAUCGAGGCUGACGUGGCGGUCGGGCUGGUCCCGCUGUACCUGUGCGCGACAGUGGGGACGACCUCCACGACAGCCGUGGACCCAGUCAACGAGCUAGCUGAAAUAGCAGCUGCUCACAAGAUCUGGGUCCACGUGGACGCAGCGUACGCCGGGAGCGCGUGUAUAUGCCCCGAGUUUCGACACCACCUAGACGGGGUCGAACGAGCGGACUCGCUGAGUCUUAGUCCCCACAAGUGGCUGCUGACCUAUUUGGACUGCUGCUGCUUGUGGGUCAAAGAACCCAGUCUCCUAGUCAGGGCACUGGGCACCAACCCAGAGUACCUGAGGAACAAACGGAGCGACCUGGGGUCCGUCGUCGACUACAAGGACUGGCAACUGGGCACGGGGCGACGAUUCAAGUCGCUCCGUCUGUGGCUCGUCAUGCGGAGCUACGGGGUGGCGAACCUCCAGAGCCACAUCCGGUCCGACGUGCGGUUGGCGAAGGUGUUCGAGGGGAUGGUGAGAUCGGACCCGAGGUUCGAGGUCGUGGUGCCGAGGGCGUUUUCCCUGGUGUGCUUCCGGGUCAACCCGCAGAAGGAGUCGGACGACCCGAGGUAUACGAACCUGUUGAACAGGAAGCUGGCGGAGUCGAUCAACUCGACGGGUCGGGUCUACGUCACGCACACGGUGGUCGGCGGGAUGUAUACGCUGAGGUUCGCGGUGGGGGCCACGUUAACCCAAGAGCGCCACGUGGUGGCUGCGUGGAAGUUGAUACGAGACUCCGCCGACGGCCUGCUCGAUCGCUAGAAACCUCGUUUCAUUUAGGUGUAAUGGGAAAAAAAAGGGAAAAGAAAAAAAGACUUUCGAUUUGUUUAAUGUUGGAAAGACAUUAAUUGUCGGGUAUGCGGUGGAAGAAGUUUAAUUUCGAGUAAAUUCCCAAAAUAGUCCUCAAUAAGUUUUAAUUACCUACAUGGUCCUCUAUAAUUGAGAUUUAUUCUCAAAAUAGUCAUUUGUAAUAAGAUAUUUUUCCAAAU